AUGUCCUUAGUAGAUGGGGCCUUUAAAUUUCACAAUGCAACUGUUCCUGGGGCCCCGGUAACGACUGCCAUUCCUGGAGGCCAGCAGCAGGAAGUCCAAAGUGACUCAGGGGAAGAAAGCUCUGAUGAAAGAGCAGGGAUGAACCCCGGGAGUGCUUCAGCUAUGAGGUCCACCAAUUUCAUUCCGUCAACUGUGAGAUCAAUGAAUCGGUCAUCUCAGUCAGCUAUAAAUGACCUCGUGUCUCUACUUCCCCACUACGAAGCUGCUGCUUUGCUUGUGGACACCUACUUUGACCGAGUUCAUUGGUUCAUGCUAAUCUUUCAUCAAGACGAAUUCAGACGACGAUGGCAGAAGCUAUACCAAAUAUCUAGUAAUCAGCUACAGGCAAAGCUUCACAGCAUUGGCUUUAUAAGUACGUUUUUGAUGGUGAUUGCCAUCGGGUUACAAUACGCAGGGGCUUAUAGACAGCGCCUUCUGGCCAGUCACAACAUUGAUCAUGAGAAGCUCAAGGAACGGAUUUUCUCUUCUAUAAGGGCGAACCUCUUGGAUAUUGUGUCUUUAGGGUCACUAGAGGCUGUGCAAACCUGUGUCUUGCUGGGAACAUAUUAUUUGUUCCAUGGAAGCCCUGGACUGGCCUGGCCAGUCUGUGGCUGCGGACUGAGAAUUGCUCAAGCCUUGAAACUGCAUCGAAAGCUACCUAGGGACGGAUCAGGCUCCUUGCGUUCGAUCAACCUACGCAACCACAAUGAGACAAGGAAGCGUUGCUGGUGGGCUAUCUAUGAAAUUGAGACAUUCUGCUCUAUGUCGUAUGGAUACCCUCAUAGUAUUAGAGAUGAUGAUUGCGACGUGGAGCCACUGGACCCAUCGGCCAAAUCGCAGUCUGUUCAGUCUCCCAAAUCAUUCAAUGAGCCGCUACAAUGCAACACCACACUCUUGGCAUACAAAUACUUCAUGUCCAAGUUGUCUGUUCUUACCAAGGCCGCCCUGGCUGAACUGUAUCGUAUCGGUCCAGUUUCCGCAAAUAAUUCAGGAUAUCCAGGCAAUUCAGUUACAAGCCUACAUCUUAUCGAGAAGGUAUCUGAAUUCGAUUCCAGACUUCGGAAAUGGAACGAAGAGAUUCCUCCGAAAUUGCAGCUGCAAAGCGGAGUGAAUGCCGAAGUGAGUUAUUCCUCACCAGAGGAACUAGACCGUGACAUUGGGGCAUCUGGUCCUCGGUUUGAAAUAUACAUUUUCCAACUACAGGCCUUGGCUCUCAAGCUGGCAUAUGAAAAUGCCAGGAUCCUUGUUCAUCGGCCACUACUUUCUUACAAGCUCGUUAGCAAAGCCAAUGAUCCAAUGCCCGAAAAUUCCACCAAUACUUCUGGGGAACACCCCGACCCAUUCCGCCUAUCCCUACAAGUAUGUCGCGAUGCAGCUUUGAGUACUUCUGAAGUCGUUUCAAUGCCAAUAGCGGAACUUGUCUCCGAUACCUAUGCCGCAGCUUUUGUAGGUAUUCAUACCUUCACAGCAGGAAUUACUUUGGGGAUUUUAAGCAGUAUUGAACCACUAACCCCACAAUCCCAUGAAGCAAAAAAUGGGCUUCACAAACUGAUGGCUAUACAAACAAAGUUGAAGAACCGAUCUACUUUAGCUGCGCAGGGCCUGGAGAUCCUUCAGCGGUUAACAAGACACGUCAUGGAAAAAGAAUUGAACGCGAUGCUUGACGUAUCCAAACCUAUCACAUCAAGUGCAGUGGCCGGGGCGAGUGCUACUGGAUCUAAUUCUUCGCAUCCCGAUAAUAUUCCACAUGCUACGAAUGGCCUGCAGCAGUCCACUUCGCAGCAAGUGGUACGAGAGGACAUUGAACAUGCCUCGCACAUCCCACCGACGGGGAAACCAUUUAAUGAUGGUGUCAUCAGUGAUAAUAAUAAUCAAUUUUUCCAAUACGCGGAAGAUCCUACCUUGUCGCAAGCAGUCUAUGAUUUCGACCAAGCUAUAUCAACCCAAGACCACCCCUUUCAACCGGAAUUGGAAGAGCCGCCAGUGGACCCUUCGCUCUUUUGGCCAUCUGCCAACGACGGGUUUGCAGCGCUUGAGCAGGCAUGGAUAUGGGGACUGGAUAACUUUGCACCUCCUGAAUGA